AUGAGAAUGCUUGAGUUGAUGGGUGACAGAAUGGAUCAGCAGGCCGCCACUUCAGCCGCCGCUACCGCUUCUGCUACUAAUGCCGCUAAUGUCGCCAAUGCUGCUGCUGCCACCCCUGCCGCUACACUAGUUGUCAAACCUGAGGUAGCACAUGUUGAAGUUCCACCUGGGAACGUGGUCGUUGGGAGGCCUAGGCAUAAGCUAAUGAAGCAAUUUCUGAGAUUGAAUCCACCGACGUUCACAAGAGCAGGAGAUCCCGAAGCUAUAGCACUAUGGAUUCAAGGGUUAGAGAAUGCCUUCAAUUUAUUAAUGUGCACCAAGGCAGAGAAGGUUGUCCUAGUAGCCUAUCAGUUGAGAGGGAUCGUAGGUACUUGGUGGAAGACUACUAAAGGGAUAGUGUUCCUUGGAGAUGUAGUUCCAGAGUGGAAUGUCUUUCUUGAGGUCUUCAAUGAGAAGUACUCUAGAGAGGUGAAGAUGAUUGAGUUUCAGCGCCUUCGCCAAGGUACGAUGUCGGUCGAUCAGUACGAAGCGAAGUUUGCUGAACUGUCGCAGUAUGCCCCUAAUCUAGUCCAGAGACUGUCAGACUGA